AUGAUAAUUAAAGUGAUUAAUGCGGUCAAAACCGCCCUUGCGCCUAAAAACAUCCCGUUUUGCAUGGUCAAUGAAGCUGCGUUGAAGUACUACAAUGUUCCCCGAGCUAUCCUGGUAUGUCGGCUCCCAAGAGCAAUACGGAGUUUUCAGAUGCUUACAGUAGAACCUAAGGCUAUCGAAAUUUGUGUUCCGGAAUGUCACAUUGCGACGGCAGCAUCGCAGCUUGCUCUAUAUGCUGAUGUCUUUCGAUCGCAUCCAUGGCCAGACGAAUCAAACUCCACCCCAGACUACCUAAAACCCUACCGCCGAUUCCAGGCUUUUAUUGAAGGUCAAUCCUUCGAUGUGAUAGUUCUCCCGGACACGUUUUACCAUCUGGAACCGCUUCGCAGCAACAUUGUUCGUAUUCGUGGCUAUACUCCAGACCAGAUCAGGUUCAGCCGGCAGCUCGAUUUUUCGAAAGAUUUGAAUGCUCUUUCGGCUAUCCCUGUGCCCCGCCUGGCGACUCUCCUCCAAGGGGUAGCUCAGAGAUACCUUGAAUCAAAAGAGUCUACCAUAGCAGCAUGUGUAGAGGAGUUGGUGGACGGCAUGAACUUGGAUGAAGCCUGGUGUCUGGACCACCUUGAUACCACGAAAACUAAGGCGAUGGAAUGCAUCCUCAACCGUAUAGCAACCAAAGCAUCACGUAUACCCGAGUCUCAGCCUGGGAAUAUCACCCGCUUCGUCGAAACGGAAGCGGAAGCACGAACGCUGUGCAUGAUUCCGGGGUAUAAUGAACUCAGCUGGAGCCGAGAACAGCAGACUCAACCAACGGAAAAGCAGGACUCCGACCUACCUCCAGCGUCAAGUUGGCUUCAAUCAGCGGUUAUCUUCCUCAAUAGGGUGACGGUGAACCUCAAAUCUGCAGUAUUCCACCAGCCGCCCUCACAUCCGGUUAAAUUUCAAUAUAUAUCAGACCUCCACCUGGAGGAUGGCCAGCGUUAUGAAACGUUUGUUGUCCCAAGAACGGCGCCUUACCUGAUCCUAGCAGGAGACAUCGGAUGCUUCUGCAACUACAAAGAAUAUGUUGCCUUCCUUGCCAUACAAUGCAGCCAGUUUGACCAUGUUUUCCUGGUUCUGGGUAACCACGAGUUCUACUGGAUCACCCACAAAGACGGGCUUCAGGCAGCAAAAUCACUUGAAGAUGAGCCACAGCUGGCCGGCAAACUCACUCUUCUGAAUAGGAAUCGAGUCGACAUCAACAGAAGAGUGACUAUUUUGGGUUGUACCAUGUGGUCUCACAUACCCGAAGACUCUAAGCUGUGGGUUAGAAUGAAGGUAUCAGACUGCAGCAUAAUCAAGGAAUGGACCGUUGAGGCCCAUAACACAGAACACAAUCAAGACGUCCAGUGGCUGCAAAAGGAGCUCCAUAAUAUCUCACUCGAAAAAGAGAAGCGCGAUGUCAUCGUUGUCACGCACCACGCCCCGAGUUUUAUAAAAACCGCCGACCCAAGGCGUACAUCGCAACCUUGGGGGACUGCAUUUUGCUCAGACCUGGUUGAGUCUCAGGUCAGGUCCUGGCAGGGUUCCAAAGCCAUUCGCCGCUGGAUCUUUGGGCAUACACACUGGAAUACAGCAUAUAGGUACCGUGGCAUGACUAUAAGCAGCAACCAGUUUAAAUAUGACCCUAAGCGAGUUCAAGAGCCGGGGUUCUUUCGUUUCUGGGUCACUCCACUUGGGGAGCACUUUGAUGUCACGAAAACUGCUGAAAUAUAA